UCCUCCCUGGUCCGCGAGCCUUGGGUACCCCCAGCAUUUUUUCCGCCAGAGCUGUUUCCGUUCCUCUGCCCGCCAUGCCCUUCCUAGAGCUGGACACGAAUUUGCCCGCCAACCGAGUGCCCGCGGGGCUGGAGAAACGACUCUGCGCCGCCGCUGCCUCCAUCCUGGGCAAACCUGCGGACCGCGUGAACGUGACGGUACGGCCGGGCCUGGCCAUGGCGCUGAGCGGGUCCACUGAGCCCUGCGCGCAGCUGUCCGUCUCCUCCAUCGGCGUAGUGGGCACCGCCGAGGACAACCGCAGCCACAGCGCCCACUUGUUUGAGUUUCUCACCAAGGAGCUAGCCCUGGGCCAGGACCGGUCGACGUUCCAGGUGAGGUUCACGGGAGACUCACAGAGUAGUGAAAGAGCAUUGGCCUGGAUGUCUAGACAUCUGCUUUCUGGGUCCUGCAUAGCUGGGGGACCCCAGACAAACUUGGAAAUGAACCAUCUCCAGUUGGCAACCUCCUCUUUUGUGAAAACAGGGGAAAAGAUCUCCCUCCCCCACAAGAAGCCUCUACAACCCAAACCUGGCGUUCUGUGACCGAGUUAAAGUUUCCUCUUGGGUAAAAGAUAUUCUUGAGCCUCAUCCAUGCCUAGGAGGAAGUAAGGGCAUGAGAAGCUUGAAAGGACACUGUCCAGGCACUGUGGCUCAUGCCUGUAAUCCCAGCACUUUGGGAGACCGAGGCGGGAGGUUCAUUUGACCCAGGAGUUGCAGACCUGUCUGGGUAACAUAGUGAGAUGCCAUCCCCUAAAACAGUUUUAAAAAUUAGCCAGACAUGGUGCUGUGCACCUGUACUCUCACUUAGCUGGCAGGCUGAAGUGGGAGGAUGGUGUCAGCCCAGGAGGCUGAGGCUGCAGUGAGCUAUGAUUGCGCCUGUCAGUGAGACCUUGGCUCAGAAAAAAAGACCUUUGAAAUGGAGCCUUUGUUAGUCCAUGAAGGCCGAUGAGGAAUGGCUGAUCCUGCUGGGUCCUCCCUCAAGCUACAGAGGAAUAAUACAGUCAGCCCCCUGUAUCACUGGGUUCCACAUCUGUUGAUUCAAACAGCCAUGGAUUGAAAUAUUAGAGGAAAAAAAAUUGAUAAUUGCAUCUAUACUGAAAAUACAUAUAGACUUUAUUCCUUGUCAUUAUUCCCUAAACAAUACAACUAUUUACAUAGUACGUAUAUUAUAUUAGGUAUUAUAAGUAACCCAGAGAUUAUUUAAAGUAUAUGAGACGAUGUGUGUAGGUUAUAUGCAAAUAUUACACCAUUUUAUGUAAGGGACUUGAGCAAAUGUAGAUUCUGGUUUCCUCUGGGGAUCCUAGAACAAAUCUCCCACGGAUACUGAGGGAAAACUGUUAUUCUAACAACAAGUGUUGUACACUUACCAUGUGCUAGAUACUGUACAGGUACUUUACACUCAUGAUCCCAUUUGAUCCUUACAAUCCCUGUCCACUCUCCCUUUGCUCAGACAAGACAUGCUAUCCCCAUGAGGUAGAUAAUCUCCAUUAUUCUAAUUUUAUGAUGAGAAGGCUGAGGCUGUUCAUACUCCCGACCCCCCCAGC